AUUGUAGGCUGCCUCCUAGGACUGGGCAGAAAGAAGAGGAACCUUAGUUAAUAACAUCUGUGCCCAGGAUUAUGUCUGCUAACAAAGGCUGGGAGGUGCCACCUGAGGGUGAGGACAGUGUGUCUGAAAAAUUCCUAAGGAAGACGCGGGAAUCUCCACUGGUGCCUAUAGGUUUAGGAGGCUGCUUGGUGGUAGCAGCAUACAGGAUCUACCGGCUAAAGGCCCGCGGUUCCACCAAGAUGUCCAUACAUCUGAUUCACACCCGUGUGGCAGCGCAGGCCUGUGCUGUGGGCGCAAUCAUGCUAGGUGCUGUGUACACAAUGUACAAAGAUUAUGUCAAGAGGACAGCACAGGAUACUGGAGAGAAGUAGGUCUCCUAUAGGAUCUGGGGCAGUCAGAUCCCCUUAAAUCAAACCCUGG